AUGGAACAUUUGAGCAGACUUGAUUUCACCCCUUUGAAUGUAUCUGGUGAGAACUACGUGAGUUGGACAAUGGAUGUUAAGAUCCAUCUCACUAGUAAGAAACUGAGGAUGGCUAUCGUUAAAGAAAAUCUGCUUAACGAAGCCCAGAAGGCUGAAGCCAUGAUUCUGAUUAUGAGGCACCUAGAUGAGGUCCUCCGUUUGGACUACUCAUCGAUUGAGGAUCCCCAAAUACUAUGGGAUGCCCUGGCUAGUCGAUUUGAUCACCGAAAGACAAUCCUCUUGCCUGAAGCAAGAAAUAAAUGGAUUCACUUACGGUUUAUGGACUUAAAAACCGUUAACGAGUAUAACUCUGAAGUAUGUCGCAUCAAAUCCACCCUGGAGUUUUGUGGAGAGAAACUAACUGAUGCUGAGAUUUUGGAGAAGACGUACUCUACGCUCCCAACCUCACAUAUGAUACUGUCUCAACAGUACAGAGCCAAGAACUAUACUCAGUUUUCAGAGUUGGUCAUAGUUCUGCUCCUUGCCGAGAAGAACCUUGAUCUUCUUUUGAAGAACAACCAGGCUCGAUGA